UGCUGUAGAUCAUUUGCAUGUGUGGUGUUAGAAGGUAAGCCACAAAUCCCGCAAGGGCUCACGCAGGAACGGACGGACUUUGGCUAAUGGCGGACAGACCAAGAGCUGCUCGCGCCGUUCUACUCUACCUUCUGGUUCUUUGUCUCUCCCUCUUUCACGUCGGUGAGCAGCAAAACUGGUUACACUGUUGUUUGGCUCUGGGACAGAUAUAUGCGUCUUUCAGCUUCAGGUUUUGCUCACCCGGGCCAAAGAGGCGGACCAUAUCCCCCUACACUGCCGAGUCCCCGUCACCGUACUAACUUUCCAGCUUCUUCUAACCAAUUCAGAUAUCAUCAACAACAACAACAACACGAUGGUGUAAACACAAACAACGUAAACCCGUACUAUGACGACGGUUACCGUGAGGAAGAUUCGGAGGCAGAAAGUGAUGAUCCAUUCUCCAGCCCACAGGAGCAAGAUUAUGCGGCACAAAAUCUCUAUGGUGAUUCGCUACCCAGCAACCCCCACCGUAACGAACAGGGGUUUGCCCCCACCAUGCCCACCUGGCAGUCCCGAGUCCAAAGCCCACCAGACGGGGGGACGCCGGAAUCCGAAUGCAGUAUCAGCGAAAAGUACAAAAACUCCGUCCCACGCGGACGACCGGGAGAAAUCACAAUCACUCGUUUGGAGAGCAACACUGCAGCCGGGUGCAUGAGAAAGUGCUGUGCUCUGGGACCGAGGGAUUGUACCUUUGUCUGGGUGUAUGGUGGCAAAUGUAUGGCCGUGUCUUGUCCUCCUGAAUCUCCCGAACUGUGCAAGCCGGAGGAAUUGGAUGAACACGACGCGGCACGAAUGGGGCAGACUGGCUACUAUAAAAUCAUACACCCUCUAGAGCACAAUAUAAAGUCGGAGUUCGAGAAUGAUGCUACUGUUAGUACUCCUUCUACUGAUGACGUCAUGAUUACAUCACCAAACGAUGGGGAUUCCCCCAUUGAAGGCGAUAACGAUGAUGUCAUGCCAACUGAAGCCAGUGCCACUACUCACCAGUCUGUUUUUGCCGGAGACCAACCUAGUCAAUUUAAUUGGCACCAAUCAGACCACGAGACGACCAAAACAGACCACGAGGAGACCACAACAGACCAAAGCAAGACCAUAGCAGAUCAUGAAGAUACCACAAUGGAGGCAACGGGUCGUGAGGGAACCACUACGGACCACGGCGAGACCAAAGUAGGCUACAGCGAGACCACAACGGACCACAGCGAGACCACAUUAGACCAAACCCUCGACAACCAAGCCGGCAAAACACAAAACCAAGAUUCCACAGAUACCACAAAACCCCCCCUCUCUCUAAGCACACCUCACGAACAAGACCUGACCAUAGUGGUAUCUGGUGAGACCGACGUGGUCCUUCCGGUCAACCGAGUGCAGCUGUUUGCCAGCUCGUGGCCCGAUCCUCCAUCUCUGGACUACCACUGGAGCAGGGUGUUUGGUCCCAAGGAGGGAGAACUCAGUGGCAUGAACGACGCAGCUGUCACCCUCUCUGAGCUGGUUCCGGGAGUGUAUGGUCUCCGGGUGACGGCUACAGCCCCCAGUGGACAGUUUGGAGCGGAGUUUGUUAACGUGACCGUUCACGAGGAGCCGCGGGAAAACACGCCACCUCAACUUGUCAUCUCCCCCUCCACCAACUAUACCAUCACCCUGCCUCAGAGUACGGUGAUAUUUGACGCCAGUCAAAGCCGGGACGACAAGGGACUGGAGAACCUCAGUUUCCACUGGCAACUGGUUGCGGGACCCAUCGGGACCACGGGAGAAUCAAACGAAGCUCUCCUCACACUCAACAAUCCUCAGCCCGGCCAAUACACUUACAAAUUGACGGUGACGGAUUCAGACGGGGCGACCAAUGGCAGCCUGGUGGGUCUGAAGGUGGUACCGGAACCGGACUACCCCCCGCAUGCCAACGCUGGGAGCGACGUCAUUCUCAAACUGCCCAACUCCGAGGUGGUUCUGAACGGGACCAGGACCUCCGACGAUAAGCCGGGACUCAAGUACCUGUGGAAGAUGCUGAGCGAGCAGAGCGGAAUUGACAUGGAGGGCACUGACACUCCGUACCUCCGAGUGUCCAAACUCACCGUCGGUGUCUAUCUAUUCAAACUGACGGUGACAGACUCGGCCGGCCACACUGACGAAGGCAAAGUAACCGUCGAUGUUCUUCCAGAGAAGAACGACCCGCCGGAGGCAAAUGCGGGAGGGCCGUACACCGUCCGUUAUCCCGAGACGGAGAAAAUACUCGACGGCAGUAGGAGUACCGAUGACUAUGGGAAAGGAAUGAAAUACUCCUGGACACAAACCAGUGGACCAAGAGACGUGAUAUUGAAAGGAACAAACACCUCUCGCCUCGUGGUCUCAAAACUCCACAUUGACCCAGCUCAGGGCUCUCCCACUAUUUUCACUUUCAAUCUGACCAUCACCGACUAUGGCAACCUCACAUCCACUGCAACGGCCCAUCUUGAGUACAGGAAAGACCCCAAAAUUCUACCCCACGUGUCAGCUGGACCAGAUCUCACCGUCGCCCUGCCACAAAAUACAGCAAUUCUGAACGGUUCGGCCACUUGGGACGAUUUCGGAAUCACCUCCUACCAGUGGUCUCGCUCCGACCACAGCCCUGCUGCUGGGAUCCCGCUGCUGGACUCGGACAGCAAACCGGUUCUGAUCCUGUCAGACCUGGUCAACGGGACUUACAACUUCACCCUGCGUGUCACCAACGGCCAGGGCGUGUCGGCCAGUGAUGCGAUGGUUCUCCAUGUACUGGCCAACCCCCACGACCGACACAUCAUCCAACUCCAUCUGGACGCAGACAUAUCAAACUUUACUAGAGCUGAUCUGAAAGAUCUUGGCAAGUAUCUCAGUCUGACACUGGACGACUACACGAUACAGUUCCAGGGAGUGUACGAGUCCCACCCGCACACGGUGGUAGAGUUCUAUGCUGUCGACACCAGGACCGACACGUUCAUGAACGUCUCCGACGCCUGGAGAAAAUUGACAGAGAACGGGCAGGACUACAGGGUACUCCGCUACCACAUUGUGCACGUCGAUAUGAAAGAAUGCCAGCUGUCCUGCUCAGACCACGGUACGUGCGACAAACGGUCAAGGCGAUGUCAUUGCGACACGUUCUGGAUGGAGAACCCGUUUACGGCCAACACUGGUCGCCAGGAGAGCAACUGUGAGUGGAGUGUGUUCUACGUCGUUUUGAUUGUGAUUGGAAUUUUGUUUGGCUUCGGGAUCGUCUUCUGGUUGAGUUGCUGGUGCUGUCUUAGAAGGAGAAACAUGGCACGGACAAAGCGCAGGAUUCGCUACGCCAUUCACGAUCACAGCGACGAUGCAGAGAGCAAGCGUAUGCUCACGAAAGGUCAGCAGUACAUAGAACUGAAAGAACAUCUGGGUUACCAGCAGAGCAGUUUGAUGCAGAGCGAAAGUGAAACCGAAGAAGAAGUGCUCUUCGAUUCGGCCAAGAAACGUCGCUCCUCCUCCCCCCAGAUGAAGAACAACAAGCUGAACACCGAGAAAUACGGAAAGAACAGCAGUCUAGUCAACACUGUCAUCCCCAAGUGAUUCUGGUUGCCAUAGGAGCAUUGUUUUGAUUGGUCAUCUCAUCCGUCCCCUCACUCUCAAUCCGCAAUCCCAAUUUGUUUUGUACACACUCGCCCGAUUAAAAUUUUGGAACGAGUCGAGUGUAACUUUUACCGGCAGCCGCGCAUUUUUCGUACAGACGUUUGCGCAUGCGCAUAAUCGAACCGGUACGUGUCGGUGGUGCGCUUUACGGGAAGACGUCGAUUCGUGCAUCUCUCUGCGAUUUUCCACUGCUGCUCUCAUGGACUGUAACGAUGCUAUUGGGGUACUGGCUGUAGUGGCCAUCCUCGCAACGAUUGCCACGGUCGUCAUGACCACCACCAGUAUCCUACUGCUAUGGAAACCUCACCUCUUUCCAAAGUCGUCACUAACUAGACGAGGAAUUCGACAUAAAGAUAGUGGACACGUGGCAGCAGAUUGUGGAACCAGGAAACUGGAACGAGACCUCGAACAAUCGCCCCAGUCUCUGAGUUCUGUAACCACCUCAGUCGCUGCCAGUACAGUGCAGCUAACCACCAUUGAAGAAACCGAAGAGACGAUUCGAAACACAUCGGUUACUGAACCUUUCACCCUUGAGGAAAAGUCAGGCAGUGGAUUAGAGGGCGAGAAAGAGGGAGAGGGAGAGGGGGAGAGGAAGGGAGAAAAGGAGGA